AUGACGAUGAGUGCAGAUCAAAUUCGUUUUAUCGUCGGCAUUCUUGGCAAUAUCUUAUCUUUCUUCCUCUUUGCUUCGCCAAUACCAACAUUUUGGCGAAUCAUCAAAAACAAAUCGGUAGAGGAGUUCCACCCGUGGCCAUACAUAGCUUCUACAAUGAACUGUAUGAUGUGGAUUUUCUACGGCAUGCCUUUUGUUCAUCCCCACAGCCCCCUUGUUGUCUCCAUCAACAGCGUUGGUCUCUUCUUGCAGUUGUGCUAUCUUUCCAUAUUUUUCUGCUAUGCCGGAAAACAGAAUCGGAAAAUUAUUGUUGGCAUGUUGUUCGUAGAAAUCGUGGGCCUUGCCGCCAUCGUAGUUGGAUCCAUGCUAGGCUUGCACACCACCGCAAGUAGAACCAUGAUCGUGGGAAUAAUCUGUACCAUCUUUGGAAUUUGUAUGUAUGGAGCUCCUUUAUCAGUCAUGUUUAAGGUAAUCAGAACAAAGAGCGCUGAAUUCUUACCUACGUGGCUUUCCGUAGCAUGCUUCCUCAAUGGAAUCUGCUGGGCCGGCUAUGCUCUCCUCAAGUUUGACCCCUACAUCUUGACUGGAAAUGGAAUUGGAGCACUAUUAGGUUUGAUUCAGCUGCUGUUGCUCUUCAUUUACCGCAAUCCAAAGAAAGAGGACGAGAAGCAGGCUACCGUGGAGCUCGUAUACAACGUCUGAUUUCCUCCAUCUCUCAACAGAAGACUAUGAUUC